AUGCUGAAGCUGUUUCCAAGGCAAUCUCCUUCGAUUCCGGUGAAAGUGUGGUUUCAAAAUCGCCGCAUGAAGAAGAAGAAGCUGCAGGCUCGCAACAACACCGGCGGCGGAGCCGGAGGAGGGAGGACCGCCAACUCGGCGGCAGGCAGUAACGCCGAUGAGUCUGGCGAGGGCAAGGCCACGUGUUCCGAGGAUGAGGGGGAGGAGGAGGGAGAAGAAGAAGGAGAAGAGGAAGAGGAGGAAGAGGAGGGUGAAGAGGAGGAGGAGGAGGACGAUGACGGAGAGGGGGGAGAAGAAGAAGACGACGAGGGAGAGGAGGAGGAGUGUAAAGGCGAGAGAGGAGACGUUGACCGGGCCGUGGGACGGGAGGAGAGUGAGAGUAGAAACUGUUUGGGGCAUGUGGACGAAAGAGACGUUGAUGAUGCACUCAAUUCCGGUGCGCCCGGCGACGAGUUCGAGACUGGCGACGGCCUGACUACCAGACCGGUACAGGCUUGCUCUCGCAGGCGUGUCCGGCUGGCAGGGCGGGCCAAAUCACGCCGCCGACAUCAACGACAACAACAACAACAACAACAACAGCACAGCAACAACAACAACCAACAACAGCAGCGUUCGCGAAGCCACAGACACGGCGCUGCCGGCGGCUCGGGUAGGGAGGUGGGAAGCGCGAGAUGCGGUGGCAAGUCGGGCCUGAGAGACGACGAAGAGGAGGCCGAGGACGAAGAGGGAAUGUUGGUGAUGGGCGGCGGCUGCGAGGACGUCGACGACGCCGGAGGAGAGGGAGCAGCCGCAAUGGCUUUGGGCCAAUUGAACCAAUUGGCCGACUCGAUGGACGCC